AUGGAGGAAGACUGGGAGAAGCUGCUCAAACUGAUCACCUUCUACACCCGGGAUGAGAACUACCUCAGCAGGGUGAGUCACACCUGUCAACUUACAACAUUGCCACACCCGUCCCAGCAACGACAUGUGUCCCAUUGCUGUACUUGUUCAGUUCAGGAGGAGUGUAAUAUCCUUCUAUUUGCUCAUGGUCUUGACCGUGAAGAUGUCCCGGGUCUAGCGGAGCUCUUCACACGGCAUAUGCCAGGUAAAGUUUCUGGAAGUGCUGCCAGGAGAGUUCAAGAAGAGCUGUUUCAUGCAAACCAUGGACUGGUGCCUUAA